AUGCCACGACCAAGUUUACUGGCCUGCUUCGGCCUCUUAUGCGCUGUCUCACUGGCCCAAGGGCUAGACCCCAGGGGGGCACGGCCUGUGGUGCCCAACACCAGAUCUGAGAAGUGCCCCACGCAAAAGGAGUGGCCAUUCUGCACUGACGACGACUGGGGUCCAAAGUGCCCAUCGGGCUGCAGGAUCCAAGGUUUGAUGGAACACCAGGAUCACAGCCUCCUAAAGAAAAUUGAGAAGAUUCGCAGUCUGUUAGAGCAGAACCAACAGGGGCAACACAAGGCCGACCAGGUGACCAAGCAAACGUACGACUACCUGAAGGAGAAGCUCAUCCUCAACUCCGGUCAAGACGACCGCUACUACAACUUGGCUCAAAACCUCCGCCAGAGGAUCACCGACAUGAAGGUGAAGAUCGACAGGCAGCUGAGGGUCUUGGCGGCCCUCCGUGACCGGGUGACGGAUCAAGUGGCCGAUAUGCAGAAGCUGGAGGUGGACAUUGACAUCAAGUUGCGCUCCUGCAAAGGUUCCUGCAAGUCUUACUCUGAGCAUCAGGUGGACCAUGACAGCUACGUGGUUCUGGACAAACAGAUAAAUCAGCUCCAAGCUCAGCAAGUUCAGAACAUCCACUUGGUACGCCAGAUGGAAGUGAUGCGAAGCUUGCCACUGCAGCAAGCGUCGCAAGGAGGACUUCAGGGCGCCAAUUUCAAAUUGGGCUUCAAAGAUGUCUUCCAAGAGGUGAAAUCGUUCCAGUUGAUACUUGAGACAGAAGGUUCCCCCUCCUCCCCAGCAACCAUCUCCAAAGUUCCAGGUACUUCCACCUCUUCAUCUGGCCCCUCCAAGUCCAUCACUGACCUCACAGGAGGCUCGUUCGGCACCGGCGACUUUGAAGACACGCCCAGUCCCCCGAUUGUCGACUUCACCAAAUGCGUGACUUCUGUCAAGAAGACCACGGUGAUGACAGAUGACGGCCCGGUGGAAAAGCUAGUACAGACCAGUCAGGGCGGUCCCGAAUGCGGGGUGGUGACCGGCACCAAAGGAGGGUUGGGUUCGCUCUUCCCCGGCGUGAGUCACGUCUCCACCGACAUCAAGACCUUUCAUGCGGGCGGGGUCAAGGGAAGCCACUUGGACUCCAAAACGGGCUUCUCGCAGCCUUUCGCCGAAGUGGGCUUUGACUUGGGAAAGUUCUUUAGCGACAACACGGAAGACGACGUUCCCGACCCUCAUGCUCGUAGCUUGCAGGGAGUGCAGGUCACACGCAAGAUCGAUUACACGGGAAAAGAUUGCGUGGAUAUCUUCCACAAGCACACCCAGGGGGAAAGCAACGGCGUGUUUAACGUCAAAGUGUCCCAGGCAGCCGCACCGGUGUCAGUUUACUGCCAGCAGGAAGGACUGUUGGGGGGCUGGUUGUUAGUCCAGCAGAGAGAGAACGGCUCGCUCGACUUCAACCGUACUUGGGCCGAGUACCGAGAAGGUUUCGGACAUGUGGACGCGCAAGGGAGGGGGGAGAUGUGGCUGGGCAACCGACAUCUUCACUUGUUGACCAGCCAGGGGGAGAACCUGCUUAGGGUGGACCUGCGGGACGAGCAGGGGGGCGUAACCACUGCGGAAUAUAUCGUUAGCGUAGGUUCCGAGGUGGAGGGCUACCCGUUACGCAUCUCCGGCUACAGCGGCAACGCGGGAGAUGCCCUGGCGUCACACGGAAAGAUGAAGUUCAGUACCUGGGACCGAGACCACGACACGGGGGCGGGUAACUGCGCGUUGGUACACGGCGGGGGCUGGUGGUAUAAUGACUGCCAGGCGGCCAACCUCAAUGAAGGCACUGGCCCCGUGUGGGGCACUGUCAGGCCCAAGAGCGUUCAAAUGUUUGUGCGAUCUGCCACGUUGUGA